GGCAGAGGGUUCAAAUCGUCCCCUUAAUACGCACGCUCAAAAGACCUUCUUGUGGGCAGUUUUCACUAUUCUACUGCACAGAGGGGAGAGAGAGAGAGGGGUAAAGGAGGAGGACGCACAAAUUUUACUCUCCAGCCACAGCAGUCCACAGAAGUCAUCAUCAUGAACUCUCUGCACCAAGCACUCCGAAAAAACACCAAUCCUUCUGCCUUAUAUGCCCAGCCAAAUGCCGCUUUCUUUCUCACACAGAUGCCUACACCCUAACCACCUCCACCACCAUGCUUCUUCAUGCUACGUUUCUCCACCCUCUUCUUCUGCUCUUCUUCCUCACACCCUUAGCACUCUCCAGCACCAUCCCCACCACCCUCUUUUCUCUCCUCUCUCUGAAAUCCUCACUCUCAGACCCUUCAAAUGCCCUCCACGAUUGGAACACCACCACCAAAGCAGCCACCGGUGCCACCACUUAUCCCCGACCACCAUGGUGCAGCUGGUCCGGCGUCACCUGCCACCCCCGAACCCUCCAAGUCAUCUCCCUGGACAUUUCCCGCCGCAACCUCUCCGGCACCAUCCCCCGGGAAAUCCGCCUCCUGACGCAGCUGCGCCAUCUGAACCUCAGCAAUAACGCCUUCGAGGGCCCACUCCAGCCGGCCAUCUUUCGGCUGCCCUCCCUAAGAACCAUGGACAUCAACCAUAACAACUUCAACGCCACAUUCCCUCCGGGCUUUGAAGCCCUUCGUUCGCUGGCCUACUUCUCCGCCUUCAGCAACAGCUUCACGGGACCCCUGCCCGCUCGCCUGCCCCCUUUUUUGCAGCACCUCAAUCUUGGGGGCAGCUACUUCACGGGCAGCAUUCCGGCGAGUUAUGGCGGCUAUCCGACUCUUCGAUUCAUCCACCUCGCCGGGAACGUCCUGGCCGGCCCCCUGCCUUCCCAGCUCGGCAACCUCACCAGACUCGAGCACCUCGAGGUCGGCUACAACGACUAUUCCGGCGGCCUCCCUCGCGAGUUCGGAUCGAUGGCCUCCCUGUCCUACCUCGACGUCUCGUCGGCGAACCUAUCCGGGACGCUCCCGCCUGAGAUAUCUAACCUCACGCGUCUCAAUUCGCUGUUCCUCUUCAAGAACCGGUUCGCUGGCGACAUCCCACCGGAGAUCGCGCGCCUGCAAUUUCUCUCGGUUCUCGACCUCUCCGACAACCGGCUCUCCGGCGAAAUCCCGUCCGGAAUUUCCCUCCUGGGAAAUCUGACAUUCCUGAAUCUCAUGAGCAACAGACUCGGUGGCAGCAUUCCUGAUGGCGUCUCCGAUCUCCCCAAUUUGGAAACACUGCUUCUGUGGAACAACUCGCUCACGGGAUGGAUCCCUCAGACGCUUGGGCUUAACGGACGGCUCACUUACCUUGACGUCUCGUCUAACUUCUUGACCGGUCCGAUUCCCGAUACGCUCUGCGCCGGACAGAGGCUCUACCGAUUGAUCCUCUUCUCCAACCUCCUCACCGGGCCGAUUCCCGAUUCUCUCGCCCACUGCGCGUUGUUAUGGCGAUUCAGAGCGGAGGAAAACCGUCUCUCCGGCGAAAUCCCUGAGGGAUUCGGAUCGUUACGCAACUUGACGUACGUCGAUCUCAGCCGAAAUAAUUUUUCCGGCAGAAUUCCUGACGAUCUCAGUCGGGCGCCGAGGUUGCAGUUCAUGAACAUUUCAAGAAACCGAUUUGAGACUGGCCUUCCUGAUCGGAUUUGGGGAUUUCCGAGCCUUCAGAUCUUCUCGGCUAGUUAUUGCGACCUGACCGGCGGUAUUCCCCAGUUUCUCGACGGUUGCCAGAAUAUCUACAAGGUCGAACUCGAAGGGAACCGUCUCGCCGGAAGCAUACCGGAAGAUAUCGGAAGCUGCGAGAAGCUUGUCACGGUCCGUUUCAGCAAGAACUCGCUGUCCGGCCGGAUUCCGUCGGAGCUAGCGACGCUUCCGUCGAUCACCGAGAUCGAUCUGUCGCAGAACUCGCUCUCCGGCGAGAUUCCGGAGUUGUUCGUGAACUGCAGCACUCUCGAGAGUUUCAACGUCUCAUACAACAUGCUCUCAGGCAGAGUGCCCUCGUCGGGCCCUAUCUUCCAGCAACUCCAUCCUUCGUCAUUUACAGGAAACCCUGGCCUAUGCGGUGGCGUGCUCCGCCCGUGCCCCGAGCCAGCCGAUGUCUCGUCGGAGAAUCCAUCCCAGCAACGGCGUGAAAAGAAGACGGCAGGACCGCUGGUGUGGAUCCUCGCCGUGGCGGUCGCUACCGGAAUGUUCGCGCUGGUGGUCGGCCAGCGGGUGCUCCACCGGACCAUCGUUGUUUACGGCAUCGGCCGGAACUACAAGCGGGAGGUUAGAAUGGGUCCAUGGACGAUGACGGCCUUCCAGCGGUUGAAUUUCACGGUCGACGCUGUGGUGCAGUGCCUGAAUUCGGGGGAGAACAUCGUGGGCAUGGGCUCCGCGGGAACCGUCUUCCGGGCGUCCAUGCCUGGCGGCGAGGUCAUCGCCGUGAAGAAGCUCUGGGGGCGGCCAUGCAAGGGAAGAGGGACGAAACCCGGAGGCAGCAGCGGCGUCCUAUCGGAAGUGGAGGUCCUGGGGAGGGUCCGGCACCGAAACAUCGUCCGGCUCUUGGGGUGCUGCAGCAACGAUGAUACGACGCUGCUGCUGUAUGAGUACAUGCCCAACGGCAACCUCGACGACUGGUUGCACGGGAAGAAGGAUGGGUCGACGUCGUCCGCGCCGUUCGAUCACCCGGACGACGACGGCGAUCGAAAGAAGGACGGUUCGGCGGGGCCUGCCGGCGAUUGGGUGACGCGGUACAAGAUCGCGGUGGGAGUGGCGGAAGGGAUCAAGUACCUGCACCACGAUUGCCAGCCGUUGAUCGUGCAUCGAGAUCUGAAGCCGAGCAACAUCCUGCUGGACGCGGACAUGGAGGCUCGAGUCGCCGACUUCGGGGUCGCGAAGCUGUUGGACGAAACCGAUGGGUCCAUGUCUGUCAUCGCCGGUUCCUACGGCUACAUAGCGCCCGAAUAUGCCUACACGCUGCAGGUGGAUCAGAAGAGCGACAUCUACAGCUUCGGCGUGGUUUUAAUGGAGAUCAUCAGCGGAAGGAGGUCGGUGGAUGGCGAGUUCGGCGACGGCAACAGCAUAGUCGACUGGGUUCGGGAGAAGAUCAGGAGCAAGGAGGGGGCGUUGGAGGUGCUGGACAAGAAGGCCGGGGCCGAGUGCGAGUCCGUGCGCGAAGAAAUGUUGUUGGUCCUGAGAGUGGCGCUGCUGUGCACGGCCAGGUCCCCUGCCGACCGGCCGACCAUGCGGGACGUGGUGUCAAUGUUGCGGGAAGCAAAGCCAAAGCGAAAGGAUGUCCCCGAAGGCAUUGCCGGUGGUCAUGGAGGAGACGGCCGCCCUGUAAAAUAGACUUUACUAUACAUUGAACAUUGAAUUCUAUAGGGCUUGAGACUAGCUUUUUUUUCUUUUUCUUUUUUUCAAGGUAGACAGACAUGUUCUCCUACUUUUUUUUUACCGCUCACCUUUCGAUCAGUUUAUGAUAAAAGUGUAAAGAGUCUUUCUUAUUCUACGGUACUACCAUUGUAUUGCGAUUAUUGUGUAGUAACAAUCUCAGUUAAAUUAA